AUGUUGACCGCUCUCGCCAGGUCCCGGACUGUCUACCGCACGUCUGUCGCGCGAGGCGCGCGAUGGGCAUCGCAAGCUUCACCACCAAAGCCCCCAGGCGAGAGCGCGAAUGAAUCCAAGGAACCCGACACGAAUGCCAGCGCCAAUGCAAAUGCUGAUGUGAAGCCGGAACAGGAUUCUGUCGCGUCAGAGGGGUUCGCGGCGGGGAAGGUGCCCAGUCUUGACUUCUCGCCUGCUGCUGAAGCUGCGGAGGAGGAACCCAAGAGGACGGGUGCCAGGUCGGCGAAGGAUGACACGACUCUGUCGACGGAGAAGCGGAGAAAGGCCGUUGGACGGGCCAUGCUGGCGCUCAUGGGUGCUGGAUUUGCAGGUUAUGCGGUUUAUAUGGGUCGGGAAUGGGAUGAAGAGGAGUUGAAGGCGAAGAAACUGAACCUGGCGACCGCACCGUCGACGUGGUGGGGACGCACGUCCGAGCGGUUUGGUGACAUUUUCGAUUAUUUCAACAAACCUGCCUGGCCUGAACUCCUUCCACCACCCAUGCCUCCUCCACAAGGCAAACCUUACACUCUCGUCAUCUCGCUGGACGACCUGUUAAUCACUUCUACUUGGGAUCGCCAACACGGAUGGAGAACAGCCAAACGCCCCGGUGUCGACUACUUCCUCGCUUACAUCUCCCAAUUCUACGAGGUCGUGGUGUUCACGUCACAACCCUCUUACACUGCUGCCCCGAUCCUUGAAAAAUUGGACCGCUACAAUUUCUUCAUCACCCACAGACUGUUCCGUGAAGGUACCCGCUAUCUGAAUGGCAAGAUCGUCAAGGAUCUGUCGUACCUCAACCGUGACCCUUCCAAAGUUCUCGUCCUCGACACCAACCCUGACCAUGUCUGCCUCCAACCCGAAAAUGCUGUCAUCCUCCCCAAGUGGAAGGGUGACCCCAAGGACAAGGGUCUCAUUGCCAUGAUUCCCUUCCUCGAAUCCAUCGGAAUUUACAAACCCCCCGACAUCCGACCCAUCCUCAAGGCCUAUGAAGGCAAAAACAUUCCAAUCGAGUACGCCAAAACCGAGGCAGAAGCCAAGGCACGCCACAUCGAAGCCUGGAAAGCCAAGCAGCCCGGUGUCUCGAGCGGCUUCAUGGCCUCACUCUUCGGUCUUUCUCAGAAUCCUCAUGCAUCCACCAGCGGCCCCCCUCCUACCUACCUCGAGCAGAAGCGCAAGGAAGCGCAGAUCCAGUACCGGGAAGAGCAAAAGUACCUCGCGGAGAACAAGGAGAUGUUGGAUAAGCUUAUUGAGCAGGAGCAGCAGGCUAUGGCGCAGCAGGUCCCUUCGAAUUUGUUCGAGGCGUUUGGGCAGAUGGGCAAGCCCCCUCCAGCUCCUCCAGUGCCUGGCCAGCAGCCUCCUAGCGCCCCUGGUUCCGAGCAGGCGAAGGCGUAG